AUGGGGAAUGGUGCAGAUGCAAAUGAACCGCACGGGUCAAAGUUAGAUGUUGAGGAGGUAAAGAAGAAAAAGAAGCGAAAGAGACAGGAAACUGAGGCAUCAGAGGAUGUGAAGGAGAAAAAUCCGAAGCAGGCAAAGAAAAAGAAGAAGAAUAAAAAGAAGAAGAAGGCUAAGAAGAAGGAUGGGAAUGAGAAAGUCGAUGAGAAAGGGGUUGACAACAGUGGAAGUGAAGCUAAUGCAGAGCAGCUUGCAGCCGAGACGAACAAGGACACUAAAAGAGCUGCAGAAGUGUCUGACAAAGUAUAUGUCGGAGGCAUUCCAUACUACUCCACCGAAGAUGAUAUCAGGAGUUACUUUGAAGGUUGUGGUACCAUUACAUGUGUUGAUUGUAUGACUUUCCCAGACACUGGAAAGUUCAGAGGAAUUGCAAUAAUCACUUUCAAGACUGAGGCAGCAGCUAAAAGAGCAUUAGCACUUGAUGGUUCAGAUAUGGGUGGCCUAUUCCUUAAAAUUCAGCCAUACAAGUCGUCCAAAGUAAAAAAUAACCAAUCUCCCGCUUUUUCCCCUUCGGUCAUGGAGGGCUACAAUAGGAUCUAUGUUGGUAAUUUGUCGUGGGAUGUGACAGAGGAGGAUUUGAGGAAUCUUUUUUCGGACUGCACAAUUGAAUCUGUUCGAUUUGGUGAGGAUAAAGAGACGGGAGAGUUCAAAGGUUAUGCACAUGUGGACUUUGGUGAUAGCCUCUCUCUCGGCACGGCUUUGAAAUUGGAUCAGAAAAUCGUGUGCGGGAGGCCUGUUAGAAUAUGUUGUGCUGUGCCCAAGAAGGGAGUCUCGACCAAUUUAAAAUCGGGGCUGAAAGACAAUAAAGUUCGUACUGGUAACUUUAGUGUGGUUAAUGAAGUUCAAAUUACUGCUGUUAAUGAGGCUACAAAUGCUGUUAGUGCAAAAGUUACUGCAAACAGUGAGGCAAUAACUGCAGUUAGUGCAAAAAUUACUGCGGGUAGUGAGGCAACAAAUGCUGUUAGUACAAAAGUUACUGCAGACAGCGAGGCAACAAAUGCUGUUAGUUCGAAAAUACGGAGGCGGACUUGUUACGAGUGCGGGGAGCGAGGACAUAUAUCUUCAUUGUGCCCUAUGAGAAAAGACGAUGACUCAAAAAUUACAGGUAAUAAGGCUACAAAUGCUGUUAGUGCAAAAGUUACUGCAAACAGUGAGGCUACAAAUGCUGUUAGUGCAAAAGUUACUGCAAACAGUCAGGCUACAAAUGCUGCUAGUGCAAAAGUUACUGCAAGCAGUGAGGCAGCAAAUGCUGUUAGUUCAAAAGUUACUGCAGGCAGCGAGGCAACAAAUGCUGUUAGUUCAAAAAUACGGAGGCGGACGUGUUAUGAGUGCGGGGAGCGAGGACAUAUAUCGUCAUUGUGCCCCAAGAGAAAAGACGAUGACUCAAAAAUUACGGCAAACGGAGUCUUGCGAUUUUCCGUAGCUUUGGCAAAUGUUGGAUUACAGUUGUGUUCUCUGAAUUUGUAUGAUGUUUCAUUGAACAUUGAAGGAUUAUCAAAUAUAAGAAUUAGUAGACCGUAA